AAAAAUAAAAAUGUAAUUUGUUAAGUUUAAUAUAACGUAAGGCAUUAAACUUCGGUUUUUAUUGUGUAAAAUGGCGAAGAGGUGUUUGGAUGAAAUCGUGAUGGAGAACACAUUUCCAACGUACAAGGUGGACGCCAUUGUGCAGUUUUGCCGAACUGAAGUGUUAACUGGGCAAGAAGCGAAACAUUUUGCAAAGAGUGAUCUCACUCCAAGUCCAAAGGCAGAUGUUAUCCAGAGACUCUACAUGAGAAUAUUGCAGCUUGUGUAUCGCUUCAGGCCUGACUGUCAUUAUGUGGCCCCAGUCUCAGAAAAUCUCCAAUACCCAAUGCUACAUGAGUGGUCGACGCCAAUCUUAAGUCUGUAUGCCUGCAUGUUGCAGUUUUUACCAGUGUGCCAUGUAUAUGACUUUUCACUAAGCGACCUGCUUACACCAAAGCCCAAAAGAACAAUCACUAUUUUGAGUGGAAUCCAAAAUUUCCUGCAGUUUAGGAAACAUCGGUCGGAAAUAAUUGCAGUGCAUCAGCAAGCUUUUCGCGCAGAUAUGGAUAAACUUCAGGCAUGCACAAAAGGCAUUAAGGAUGCUGAAAAGAAGAUAGAGAAAUUGAUGACCAUCCCACCAGAGCAGCAAGCAGAGGCUAAAGAACUGGCAGCAGCCCUCACCGAACUGAAAAACAUUACCAUCCAAGAAAGCCAGGAAGUGAGUGCACUCCAGGAACAGACCACAGAACGCAAAAGCGAAAUCGCAGAACUGUCACAGAAACUGAGCCAGAGGAAGCUAGAAGUGGUUACUUUAAAAGAUGAAAUAGCCAAACUUAAGUCUCAGAUUGUGGAAUCUCCUGAGGAGCUCAAGAAUGAGAUGGAGAAAAUGAAGGAGAGCAUAAGGAACAUCAAGAACUCGAAAGAGAUGGCUGACGCUGCACUGGUGGAGUUGCAGAUUAAGGUGCAGCAUGCUAGCCAAGGUGAAGCAGAGAUUCAAGGAAUACUGAAACAGCUGCAUGACCUGCAGGCAAGCAUGUGCAAGGCUAACCAACAGAAUGAAGAGGUGCAGGAUCUAGUAGCUCUUAAAGAGUCUCUGGAGAAGGAGUUAAAAGCCCUGAGCAAUGAAGAGGGACAGCUAAGGAGAGCUCUGGCCAUGAAACUAGACAAACAGAAUAAGCAGCAGAUCCGUCAUCAGAGUAAGAGGGAGCUCAAGGAUCAACACAUCCAAAACAUACUCGGGCAAUAUGAUAAAGUUCAUGAAAAACGUGAGGAAAUUGUGGAUCGAAUAAAAAACAUCAGCCGAGAGACCACGCAGUUCAAGGCGAAAAUGCAGAAGCUUCGAGAUACCUGCAGCUAUAACACAGAAAAAGCCCAGGCUAUCUAUGACCGGCUACUUACCACAUUGGAGCAGUACCACAAACGUCUUGAAAAUAUAGUGAUGGACGGCAAUGCUGACAUCCUGAAGAUGAAAACAAAUUUCUAAACUUUUUCUGGCUGAUGUUUAUCUGUCUUAAUUUCUUUGCUCCAGUGUAGUCUUUUUUUUUUUUUCUUCUUCUUCCUUAGCAAAUGUUUGUGAAAUGUAAAUAUUUUGAUAAGAAUUAAAAUUAAACAUUGUUAUCCAUUGUACAUCA